AUAUUCUCCUCCAAUGGCAGCAGUUGUGAUCAGUUCUCAUUAAUUAUGGGUGAAACUGAAAUGUUUAUACCCGGGUAACUAACCAACACACUCACGCCAGCGCCGGUCACUGCCCAUUCGUGAGACCCCCACGAAUGUCAGAAGCCAAAGAUAAUAAAUGCCCAAAAAGCCUCCGCGGUACAGGAGACAUAGUGCACCCUUCAGACGUUCUGCGUUCGUUGUUCGUAAUUACUGCGCGUCGACCAGUGGUACUAAUAUAAGAGAGACAAUGAGUCAGUCAGCAGUGAUUCACUUGUUGCUUGGUACUGCCUUUCUCAGCAUCUCCAGUGCCUCCACGUUGGGUGCACCACCUCAGACUGCCCUUGUCGUUGGCUUCGAGAAUGCUUAUGAGUUAUCUUUGCUUGCCAAUACCUUAACCGAUCAAGGUAUCGAUGCUACACUGAUUGUUAGCGCGGAUGCUGGAGAUAUUUACGAGAAUCUAGUGGAGGUUGAGGUGAUCAGGCUGAAUGUCAGCUCUCAGGAUGAUGGAAGCCUUGAGAAGAAAGCAUUGAGGGCUUGUGAGGCUCUCCUGGGGAAUCAGAAAAUCCUCAGAAGGGUUGGGGAGAUUCAACCGACUUUCACGAUUUUUCCAGCCAUUAGACACGAUGCUUGUCUCAUCCCCUGGGCUCGAUUUAUCUCAUCGAACCCAGUGGUCUGGGCUCUGGGAAUCAACGAGGAACAUUACGCCAUCCAAAAAACCAAAAUGGGAAUUCCCAUUUUCACUGAAGGAAUUUACGACAGAUUCUGGGCAAAUGUGAAUGUUCAGAGGGUCAUCGCUGGGGUUGAAUCGAAUUUCGUAAAUCCAGGGUUGAAGAUUGCCGGUAAAUACGUCUCCAAUGUUGGAGGAACUUUGGAUGAGCUCUAUUCCAAUGUUGAGUUGCUACUUUGGGGUGGUGACUCCAUUCUAAGGACUCAUUUUGCAUCUCUAACUCAGCGAUUCGUCGAGAUCGGCUGUCACCACUGCAGAGGGGUCCAACCCCUGCCCUCAGAGCUUCAAAAGGAAUUGGUGGAGUUCAGGUUAGGGACAAUCGUAGUCUCCCUCGAUAAAACUCACGCCGAGUUGAUAAAAGGCGUUGCGAAGAAACUUCCUCAGGGUAGACAGGGUCAAGCCGUUGCUUGGAAGGGUAAAAAUAUGAGAUUCACCGGGGGAACGCCAGAAAAUCUCUUCGUUCAUUCGAGCGUUGAUCGUCAAGAUCUUAUAGGCUACCCCAGAGCAAGAGUUUUUCUCAGUCACUGUGAUGACACUGAGCUCCUAGAAUCCGGCUUCCACGGUACUCCCAUCAUUUGUUUCCCCAGAAAUCCCCACGAAAAACGCAAUGCCCAACGUGCUGUUGAAUUAGGUUUCUCCAUCUCCCUAAAUGACGACUAUUCCCUUGACAAAGUGGUGAAAACAAUUGUUGAAAUUCACGAGAGUGCACUUUACCGUGAGAAUGCGCGCAGUGUUUCCUUGGCAAUCAGAGACAGACCAAUGCCAGCAUCAGAUAGAGCAGUAUUCUGGCUGAGAUAUGUAGCAAGGAACGAAAAAAGUUCCAUUGAAUUUUCCCCAGUGGAUAGAAAACUACCAGUGAAAACAUUUGCCGAGGAUAUUCAACUCUAUAUCGGUAUCCUACUGGGUACAAUUUGCGGGGCACUAUUUGCUGCCACUACAGCACUCACCUGGUACUACCAAGGACGAGAGAGUAAGAGUGCAAGGAGCAAAGCACGAAAGUAUAAUAGAUGAAAAAAUAUAUUUAAGAGGCGAAAAACUUUAUUGUGUUGUUAUACUCAAGUGGAGCAUUUACUUCUUCGUAUGUAGAACUAAAAUGUACAAUAGCUGGAGUUUAAUCAUUUGUUUUUCAAUAAAAAAUUUGCACAUUUUUCUUUUAA